GGACCACAGUUUCCUGUCCGUUAGUGAAAAUAGUCCGACUGUAAUUGUUUCAGGGUUCAGUGUAAAGCUGAAGAAGUAUAUAUACAUAAAAUAAUGGCUACUUAGAGAGCGUUGAUCUAUGGUGCUCAAAGUACAUGAACGGACUUACCCUGGACCUGCACAUUCCACUAGUUUCUGAAAACACGAUCGCCUUAUCAAUUUAGAACCAUGAACCUCAGAAUAGUACUUAUUUUGUGCCUCUUCGCUCUGUCUUGCAUCGCAGACGAUGAAGGAAUGGUGCAAAUUCCAGGAGGAAAGAUGACGAUGGGGACGAACUCAGCCGACGGCAAGGAUGGAGAAUCACCCACGAAAGAAGUGACAGUCGAUCCAUUCAGUAUCGAUAAAUAUCCUGUCACUAAUUCUGACUUCAGGGAGUUUGUCAGGGCACAGAAAUACAAGACUGAAGCGGAGACCUUCGGCUGGAGUUUUGUGUUCCAGGACUUUGUGUCUGAAGAGCUGAAGAGCAAAGUGACAGAGAAAAUAGAGUCAGCACCUUGGUGGAUGCCAGUCGAGCGGGUGUUUUGGAGGCAGCCUGCAGGUCCUGGUUCUGGAAUCCGGGAGCGUCUGGACUCCCCAGUGGUCCAGGUGAGCUGGAAUGAUGCCCAGGCCUUCUGCAGCUGGAGGGGGAGAAGGCUGCCCAGCGAGGAGGAGUGGGAGUGGGCUGCGCGUGGGGCUCUACAGGGUAGAACGUAUCCCUGGGGAAACAAAUUCCAGGCCAACCGCUCCAACCUGUGGCAGGGGCUGUUCCCUGAUGGAGACACAGCAGAGGACGGUUACCAUGGUAUCGCCCCUGUCACUGCUUUCCCUCCUCAGAACAGUUUUGGUAAAUUUCCCUUUAUACAGCCUUCCACCCAGCUUAGCAACGGGAGAAUCAGAGCAUCACCAUUUUCUUGA